GUCACGGCGUGCUGCCUGUGGGACGCGUUGUCAACAACGGCAGGCGCUGCGGCCACCACAUGAGAACGACGUUGGAUCGGAGUUUGGGAUGAGAGCGAAAGGGCAGCGCGAUGGACAAGUACGAGAACAUCUCCGUGGUGGGCGAGGGCUCGUACGGGCUGGUGAUGAAGUGCCGCCACCGCGAGACGGGGCAGCUCGUCGCCAUCAAGAAGUUCAUCGAGACCGAGGAGGACCAGAACGUGCGCAAGAUGGCGCUCCGCGAGAUCCGCAUGCUCAAGAAGCUGCGGCACGAGAACCUGGUGAACCUGAUCGAGGUGUUCCGGCGGAAGCGGCGCUUCUACCUGGUGUUCGAGUUCGUGGACCACACGGUACUGGACGAGCUGGAGGAGAAGCCGGGCGGCCUGGGGGAGCUGGUGACGCGCUGCCACACCUUCCAAGUGCUGCGCGCCAUCCACUACUGCCACUCCAACAACAUCGUGCACCGCGACGUGAAGCCGGAGAACGUGCUGGUGUCGCGGCUCGGCGUGGUCAAGCUGUGCGACUUUGGGUUCGCGCGGCUGCUCGCUGCACCGGGAGAGCCGUACACGGACUACGUGGCCACGCGCUGGUACCGCGCCCCGGAGCUGCUCGUCGGAGACGUCAAGUACGGCAGGGAAGUUGACAUCUGGGCAGUGGGCUGCCUGUUUGCCGAGAUGAUGACGGGCGAUCCGCUGUUCCCUGGAGAUUCUGACAUCGACCAGCUGUUCCAGAUCGUAAAAAUGCUUGGGAAGCUGGCGCCGCGGCACCAGCAGCUGGUGGCGCGCAACCCGCUGCUGCGCGGCCUGCGGCGGGCCGCCGAGGAGCCGGCGCAGACGUUGGCGCGCACCUUCCCCGCGUGGCCGUCGUUCGCCGUCGAGCUGCUGGCGCUGUGCCUGGCCGCCGAGCCGGCGCACCGGCCGUCCGCCGCCGACCUCAUGGAGCAGCCCUACUUCACGCACGACCACUUCCCCGAGCGCUUCCUGCCCGAGCUGCUGGCGCGCGUCGCCCAGGAGAGCCAGGGGAACCCCCUGCUGCGCAGGCAGGCCGCCGCCGCCAUCAGCUCCGCUUCCCGCCGAGACAUCCGGGGUACCAACUUGCGAAGAAGUUUUGCUGAUCCACCAAGAUGGAGGGUAAACCUUAUUCCAGCCGAGCAGAACGCUGGUGGUGACAGCCGUAGAUUUCUUGUAGAUCUGAACAAACCUGCUUCAAGAAGAAAAAUGAGUGAUGGUAAUAACAUUAUGGAUAUAGCUGAAGAGGACCGUGAAAAUAAGGAUGAGCCAGCAAAGACUCCUGGAAUGCUCUCCAAAAGUGACCUAUCUCGUGUGAAAGUGUCUGUGCAUGACAUUCAGCUGAGUACAAAUUUCGGAGAUGAGCAAACUUCGUCACCUUCACCAGCUCCUUUCCAGUCUCUGCAGCUACAUACAUUUAACACAAACACUCAGGUUCAAAAUGAACAUUCCAUUCCUUCUUCUCAAGGACACAAUAACAUGCAAGUUUUACAUCCAUCCAUUAACAAUUUGAGUUUCAGUGUGAACAGAGAUCAGACUACAACACUGCCAACAAGGAUUCCUGAACCACUGAAAAAGUCACCACUUGUGCCUGGUGGGAAACUUCGAGAAGUAAAUCGCCCUCUACCAACAACUACUUCAGUAAAUGCUACUCCCAUGCUUCACGUGGCCCCACGUACUACCUUCAUACGUCGUUUGGAUCGCAGUCUGAUGCUUGAUGUGUGUACGCCAGAUACCCACCAACCUAAUGAGUCUCCUCCUGGUGAUGGGUGGAUUACAACCAGCAAAAGACUCCUAUCAAAACCACAAAAGCAACAGGCUGUUGAUGACUUCUCCCUGCCUAAUUUACCUGGUGCUACUGGCAGUCCAACAAAGGCAUCAAAGAAAAAACAGAACCCAACUCAUCAAACACCAACAGAUGCUUUUAUAUCACCAAGAGGCAGUUCUUCUCGUUCACCAUCACAGAGCCCCAAAACAAGAUUUGGUUCUAACUUACCAUUUGUAUGAGACACUCAGAAAUAGACGUACAAGAAAUUUCUCAAAAUCUUUAAGUUUCAGUACACACUGAUCACGAAAGCCGUGGAACAU